AUGGUUCUGUGUGGUGCAACUCUUGUACCAUAUUACCUUGACGAAUCAGGAGGUUGGGGCGUGAGUAUUUCGGACCUGAAAAAGCAGCUGGAUGGUGCCCGAUCUGAGGGCAUCACUGUUAGGGGACUUGUGGUUGUAAAUCCAGGCAAUCCUACUGGGCAGGUUCUUGUGAGGGAAAACCAGUGUGAAAUAGUGGAAUUCUGCAGAAAUGAAAACCUUGUUCUUCUAGCAGACGAGGUUUACCAAGAAAAUGUUUACACAGAUGAAAAGAAAUUCAUCUCUUUCAAGAAGAUAGCACGGUCCAUGGGUUUUGGUGAAGAAGAUAUUUCUUUAAUAUCAUUCCAUUCAGUUUCUAAUGGAUACUAUGGAGAAUGUGGGAGAAGAGGGGGUUACAUGGAGGUCACUGGCUUCAAUUCUGAAGUUCGGAAACAAGUAUACAAAGUGGCAUCCCUAAGCUCAUGCUCCAACUUAGCCGGCCAGGUCCUCGUGAGCCUAGUCAUGAACCCACCAAAGGUUGGAGAUGAGUCAUACACCUCUUACCGGGAAGAAAGAGAUCGCAUUAUGUUAUCAUUAUCCCGAUGUGCAGAGGCGAUGGUGCAGGCAUUCAACAGCCUGGAAGGCCUGACUUGCAGCAAGGCUGAAGGGGCAAUGUUUGUAUUCCCAUCUGUUCGGUUGCCUAAAAGGGCGAUUGCGGCUGCUGAGGCAAUGAACACCAAACCAGAUGUGUUCUACGCUCUCCGCCUUCUUGAAAACACUGGCAUCGUCGUCUUGCCUGGUUCUGUGUUUGGACAAGUACCUGGCACAUGGCAUUUCAGAUGCACAAUCCUGCAACAGGAGGAGAAAAUACAACUGAUCAUCUAUCGCUUUAAGGCGUUCCAUGAAGCUUUCAUGGAAGAAUUUCGCGAUUAA